AUGAAUAAAUGUUCUGGCGCGGGUAUCGCAUCAGUCCUCAUAUGCGGAACCCUCUACUUAGCUCUCGGACAAACCUUUCUCAGCAGUUUGGUUGCUUCUAUAGCUUGUGCAUUAGCUAUAAUAAAGCAAGGCAAAUCAUCUACGAAUACAGAGAUUUCAGUACCUAAAGUUCAAAAGGAAACAUCUAAUUUUGGGAACCAAACUGACUUAAAAGAAUUUUUUACUCUUGAAACCCAAACUGAAUAUAUCCCGAAACCAUUGAAUUUCUUUGAAUGCCAAACAGAAAAAAUUCAAAUCUCAAAUGCUUCAUCCCAAUCAGAAAAAUCUGAGUUUAAAUCAAUUUCAAGCAGCUGCUCAAUUGCUCCUACAAAAAAACAGAUGAAAAAUGUAUCAAGUCACACUGAAAUUCAUUCUAGAGAUCAAAGCACAAAUACAGCUGUGUUGGAUUGCAAAGACAGAGAAGUCCAAGUAUGGUGCAUCCAAAAUGAUGUGGAAAUCAAUACAACUCAAUCGCUAAAUGGGCCAGUUCUUAAAAAUAAUGAAAUUUCUAUACAAACUGGAGUCAGCCAAAUUGAGGAAGAAGAAAAAGAACCAGUCAGGGAUAAGCCUAAACAUUAUGACUCUCCUUUGAAAAUGGAAGAAAAAGCAUAUAGGCCUGAAAUCUAUCAGAAAGACGAAAAAUUUAAAGAAGAAACCUACAGACCUCGAGCGAACUCAGAAGACGUUUUAGGACAAAGUGCAAUGCUAGAAAAUGAACUAUACACAAAUGAAUCAGAUUCAGAGCAAUCGUAUAACAAAAAAGAAGAAAUUGAAUUCGAAAAGUCAAUUUUAAUGUGGAGCAAGCCUGCAAUAAUGAUGCAUGUAAGCUCAGUCACUCUUUCAGACGACAAACUGGUCAGCACUUUGCAUAUCAACAUGCCUAUGUCAAAACUCUCAAGAAGGCCUCUCUGCACUCUAUUUUUGGCUCCUUAUGAACUAGAUUUUGUUGAAGUUUUUGGGCCUCAGUCAUUUUCGCUUGACUAUAUUGAUAUCUACACUACAAUUCCUCCAGUCCACAACUUGCUGAACGACCCUGUGUUUGAUAAAAUAUCAUCAUGGUACCUUGGAACCUAUUUAAGUGAUUUCAUUAUACUAGUCGUCGAUUUCAGCCAACACCCUGAUAUCCACCAAGACCCUCUUUUAACAAAAUAUUUUCUAUUACUUAAAGAAAUAGAAAGACCUAUAUAUAUUUUACAUAAAGUAUCCAGCACUAUUUCAUAUGCAUAUUCCUUCAAAAGGGUAAAUGAAAUUAUGGAAUCUACAUGGGAAAAUGACAGAGUUGUCCUUCAUGAAGAGUUAGGGGAUAACAUUGAUAAUAAUAAUGGCUUAUUAGUACAGAUUAAGGAGCAGAUGAGCGAUAAUUUGUUGGAUCCAGAUGCAGUGCUUGAUUUAAGCGAAAAAUUUAGGAUAAGCUUUGACUCGAUCUUGGAAAAAAUGCUAUCAAUACAAAAUAGCAGAAAAAGAGAACUGCUAGUGAAUGGAGAAGUGUUCCAGGUGGAAGAAGGGCUUUGCUGCGCUUUACAGAUGGAGCCUUCAUGGUCGUGCAUUGUGCGUGAACAAUGAAGCCAUAAUUUGACGAGAAACACCAUUUAUUUAACUCCUGCAGAAUAUCAUAUUGAUGAAGACAUUUCUUGUGAGUUGAUUUCUCCUCAUUAUUCAAAUAUCUCUGAUCAUUUAGUAAAAGUAGGGAUCGUAAGCAAUGUCCCGGCAGAAAAAUUAGGCUUCAAUUAUUUGCAGACUUUGCACUCUUGCUUCACGCAGCAUAAAGAUGAAAUUGCUUUAAUAAUCCCUUCAUCGAAACAGCUUCUCAUAAGCCAAUUCAACCAUAUAAACUCGUUGAAGUUUAACUUGGCCUUUCAGCAUUUAUUGCUUGACCAACUUUCUAAUUGCUCAAUUCUCAGCUUGUUUUACGAUAAAGAUGGCACAAUUAAAAAUGUCAGUUAUAGGGCUUAGGUCCUAUAUCUGAGCUCAGUGAGAGAAGUUCACGACUUCUUGAGAGUCUCAGCUCAAGAGAAUGGGUCUAGACUAUGUCUGGUGUAGAUUAAUGAGGUUCUAAUGGGCUUGGGACAGAAAAAAAAAAUGACGGUUAGGCCGACCCACCUGCUGUUAUUCAGAGCUGUGGUCCAAGCUUAAGCUAAGAAGUAUGGGACUUGAAGAGCUAUCAUAAACUUAAACGAUAAAGACAAAUUAAUUGAAUCUGAAGACGGAUUUGAAGGCUUAGCAAGAAUGCUGAAAGUUCAUUAUAAAGAAGGAAGCAAAAAGCCUAUGAUGGUUCUCCAUCAUUUUCCAAAGGAAUCUGACAGCUCAGAGUAUUUUUCGUUCUUUUUAAAGGCAACUGAAGACUUUUCUCAUUUUCUAUCAAAAUGGGCCGGAAUCGAAGUUUCAAAACAGUUAUCUACCCAUCAAAAAAACAACGAAGGAAUUUAUGCAUUCGACCAAGAUCUGCAGAUUAUACAUAGGCUCAUUGUUCCAAAUGCACCUAUAGGGUGGAACUGGUAUAAUGCAAUUCUAUAUAAAAUCAUGCAUAAUGCAGCCUUAAAGGACAUUCAACUAAAUAUCAAAACUUUUGCCCAAAAAUCCUUUUCAAGAGUAUUGAAAGAAAUGAUAAAGAUCUAUGAAUUUGAUGAGCCAGUUAUUCCUAUUGCCCAAUGCACCGAUGGAGAGCCAAACCGCUUUCAGAUAAAAUUAUUCACGAACUUGAGCCCAUCAUGGACACUGGAAAAAGUUGAAAUUGCUCAUGAGAGAUUGGAAGAAAAUAGAGAUCCCAAUGUUUAA